AUGGGGCCAUCAAUGGCCCUUAAUUACGAGUGGAGGCCUUUUAUGGCCGCAGUGGCAGCACCAGAUCCGACACCAGCUCCAACGCUGGCUCCUGUGUCACUGCCGCGGGUCGCCCGGCUGUUGAAAGCGCCGUUGCCGUCGCGCUGCGCAGCGCAGACGGGGCCCGCAGCCGAUGUAGAUUCGUGGCCCCGCGCUCCCGUGGCCCCCGACUUUGGCACCGAGGACCACAAUGCGCUGCGGACUGGCCUGCUGCAGCUCAGAGUACGCGGCCAGUGCCCCGAUUUGUUCGGCAGCUCGGCCUUGCGGCUGCCCGUCGUGGGACCGGUGCUCGAGAUACCAGUGUCGCAGCGCAACGCAACGCACAGGGCUGACGCCGUAGAGGACCAUGUCAAGGCGGCUGUCCUGCCGGGGCAGCAGUGCGUGUUAGGGUAG